CAUUACUCUUCUAAGCUGAAAUUUCGUAAAAGCCGGCUCAAGGUGACAAAUACUAUAUAGUAUACGUAGUGACCCCGCUUAGUAAGUAGUCCGUGCCAUUCACCUUCAUGUUACACUCGUGUUCCCCGCAUGUUCAGAAUCCUGAUUGGCUAGCAGAGACGAGCCUAUUUCUUUAUUAUUAUAAUUACCUUGAUAAUCAGGAUUAGAAAAAUAGAUUACAUACUGCCUUUAUCCGACAUAUUAACGAUAUUAACUGCCGUCGUUGACAUGGUAAACAUUAUCAGCUUAAUUUCAACUUAAUUUGGUUAUAAUGGGAGUAAACAUUCAGGGUCAUUUCACGUGAGAUCGGCGCAUGAACACAACAUGAAUAUGUAUGAGUCUGUAAAAAUCACACGUUGCCGGCGAGUUACCGGCAGAAUAUGGUGAGCAUUUGAGACAGGCAGACACCACUGGAAAGAAAGCCGAACUCGACCAUUUCGAUGUCUGCUAAAGGCAUCUAUCUCCCCGACACACCGCCACCUGAGUACGAAGACGCUGUGAAGCAGGUUCCCGAUGACAUUUAUGCGGAGACUCCACAAAAUGCCGCUGAACACGCUGAAGCUGUGGUUGUAUUACUGGCAAAGGAAGGGUUAGGCCGUGGGGAGAGCCCUCCGCCGGAGUAUGAUCUAGUAGAUGAUGACCUGAGUGACCCUUGGUCGGACACUGACUCUGCCUUAGAGGAGAGCGAUGGCCCAACAUGGUCUGAAUUGGGAUGUUGGUUGAAGUUCAGACGGGUGACAAAAUGGACCAUCCAAAUUCUCGGCCUCUUUAUGCUCCUUUUCUUCUUCAUCUGCUCUCUGGGUUUGCUCAGCUCAGCCUUCCGUCUCCUGGGUGGGAAAACAGCUGGAAAUGCCCUCUCCGACAACGAGUUAAUGAGAAAUCCAGUGGCAGGCUUGAUGAUAGGAGUACUAGCCACAGUACUGGUUCAGAGCUCCAGUACCUCCACCUCUAUUGUGGUUACAAUGGUGGCAUCAGGAAUCAUUGACGUUCCCUCGGCUAUUCCGAUUGUGAUGGGAGCAAACAUUGGGACAUCGGUGACAAACACAAUCGUGUCUCUGGGUCAAGCUGUGGACAGGAAGCAGUUUUGCCGAGCCUUUGGUGGCGCCACAGUUCAUGAUAUGUUCAACUGGUUGACUGUCAUUGUUCUGUUACCGCUAGAGGUCUUUUCAGGUUACAUGUUCCGCCUGACCAGUAUCAUUGUCGACAGUUUCCAGUUGAGCACAGCCAAGGGAGGUAAGCCUGAUCUUCUGAAGACCCUGACCAAACCAGUGACAAACCUGAUUAUCAAGCUUGACAAGAAAGUCAUCAGUAAAAUUGCAGAGGGACAUAAAGAAUAUGCUGAAAAAAGUCUGUUAAAGAUAUGGUGCAAGUUUCAAGAAGUCAACAGUGUGGAGAAUAGAAGCAGGGAAGCAAAUGUGACCUCACUGAUCAAUGGAGCCUCAGUUGUCUCCCUUCAGAACAUCACAGAACCAGUUAAUGUUACCAACUCUAUUGGCCUGGAGAAAUGCCACACACUAUUCAGCCAUCUUGGAUUGAGCGACAUGGUCACUGGGAUCAUCCUCCUGAUCUUCUCCAUCUUCCUUCUCUGUCUUUGUCUCGUUGGGAUGGUGAAGCUGCUACAACACAUGCUCAAGAGCCACAUCUGCAAAGUCAUCCGCAAGUUUGUCAACGCUGACUUCCCUGGCUACCUGGCCUUUCUCACUGGCUAUGUGGCCAUCAUAGUCGGUGCUGGACUAACUAUACUUGUGCAGAGUAGUUCUAUUUUCACAUCCGCUCUCACCCCACUGGUAGGUCUAGGUGUCCUGAAGAUAGAGCGCAUGUACCCCUUGUGCCUGGGUGCCAAUAUCGGUACCACGGCCACGGGGUUAUUGGCCGCCCUUGCUGCCUCCGGGGACAAACUAGAAGCUAGUCUGCAGAUAGCUCUCUGUCAUCUCUUCUUCAACAUUAGUGGUAUUGUUCUGUUUUAUCCUGUUCCAUUCAUGAGAAAACUUCCCAUAGGCUUAGCGAAGAUGUUAGGAAGGACAACAGCUAAGUACCGUUGGUUUUCCAUCCUGUAUUUGCUGGUGAUGUUUUUCCUGCUCCCCGUUGGUGUGUUUGGCUUGUCCAUGGCUGGAGUCAUUCCCUUGGCCGUAGUGGGAGGAACCUUUCUCCUCCUCAUAUUUGUCAUUGUCCUCAUUAAUGUGCUCCAGAGAAAAGCUCCCCGCGUCUUGCCUGCAACACUCAAGUCCUGGAAGUUCCUGCCCAAGUGGAUGCGCUCUCUCCAGCCCCUGGACAAGCUGCUGCAAAAGGUAGGAGAAGUGGUGCAGAAGUGCUGCCCAUGCUGUUGUAAAAAAGACAGCUCUGACGAGUCCUACUCCGAGAUCGAGUCAGUGGGAUGCUUGUGUUGCUCUAUGACAAAACCCCAAAACCGUAGACCGGAAGAGACUUGUAUGGACGAAUCGCCUAUAAGUUCCAGAUCUACCUCUGUCUUGUUACCUAUACAUAUAGAGCGUUGUAGUGUAGUAUGACACCAGUGCUUUCAAUAGAAGAUCUUAUUUUUGUACCAUCUAUGCUCUGCACAAACACCGUGUGCGAGAAAUAUGUAAAUAUAUUUGUACUUGUACGUAAGAUGCUAAAUACAGCUGUUUAGAAGAAUCUCAUUGAACAAAAAGGCAAACCCCUUUUUUUAUAUUCCAUUUUAUUUGCAGUCUUUUUGUCCUUUUCUCUAUCAUUUGUACAAUGUGUUGUUUUGCUGUUAUUUCAACCAUUUCCAGCUAUUUAUUCCUGUUUGGUUUAUUUAUGACCUUGACUGUGAGGCAUUCAGCAUUGAAAAUCAUUAACCGGGAAGGCCGCGACUUUAUUCUCAUCAAAGUCACCGACCGACAUAAAUUCAGCAAGGUUGAAGCUUGUCCGUAAAUCGUUCUGUCCAAAACAAGAUUUCGUGAAGAAAGCUCUUGUUCUAUCGUAAACCUCUUUGGUAAUUGUAAGAAUCGAUUUUCAUAGCAUUUAUUAAGCUUGAUCCAAGGCAAUGUGUGCUUCAUUUGUCGUAGGUUUUUUUUAACGGAACAAUUUUGUCUGGUGAAGAGGUUUAUUGUACAUAACUUUUCUCUUUUUUUUUUCUUUUUUUUUUUGAUGUUAAUGAGUUAUUCCUUUUACUGUAUAUUGUAUUUCCUGUUCGAGUUGAAAUAAGAGGUCAGUAUGCGUUACAUCUGAACGGUUUUUCUUUCGUUUUGGGCCAUAUUUCUAGUCUGCAACGGUACAGAUUUGCUGCUGAUGUCCGCGCUCUAUCUUGUCAGACGUUGUCAACGAACUCCACCUAUGCAUUUAUUAGUAAGGGUGAACUAUAUACCCUAUAGCUAGUCAACGGUCUCUCGUAUUACAUUAUGUGAGUACAUUCAGGUGAACAAAUUUGAACUUCGCAGAUGAUUGCAUUGUAUACAAGGCCAAGCUUGCGUUACCCAUUCCGACUUCUUAUGCGUGGUAUUGUUCAAAUGAAGUAUUUUAACAAGUCGUGCACGAAAUGUUUUGCUUACUGCCGUCGUAUUUAUGUGAAGAUAAAGAUGCUGAAUUUUGAUAUAAACAUUCUUUUAACUGCAUUUAUUUAUUGAGAUUUGACUAGUUAUGGCACUUACCAUUGUGUAAGGUAUCAGCUGAUGUUACUUGUACGGUAUUUUUAUUUUCGACAGAAGAACAACUGUUUUGACUUUUCUUUUCACCAAAUUUACAGGGUAGUACCUGUAGCGAAUUCCUAUUUUACUUAAUCAAGUUAAGCUCGGAAACAUAUUGACAUAUAUACUGACAUGUUAAAGUUCUUACAGUAAUUGAUCUUCACCUAUUUAAUGAGUUUUCUCUUCACAGAACCGUUUAAUGUUAAUAGUGACGUUGAACUAUGCUUGUUACGAUCAAUCUGUUUUUUGGGACAUUGUGUUUACAGUGGUUAUAUUUAUGUUGUUACAUAUAUUUUGUUCACUGACUAUUGUUUUGGGAUGUCAAUAGCCAUGCAGCUGUUUUGAGUUCUCUGCUGUAAACAUAUUUAUCAAUAACUGAUUAUUUGUUAUUGAAGCCUGUAGUUUCCUUUCUAUGGGUAUUUGCGUCCACAAGCCAGAACAAGAGUUGGACAUAUAAAGUAUUAUUUGCUGGGUUUAAAUGUGCUAAGAUGAACAUAUCCGAAGAUCUUGGGGGUUUUUUUUUAUUCCAGUUCAUUCCGGUGAAUGAACUGGUGACGGGAAAUCCAUCGCCACUGAUUGACCAACCAACUUACCGCCAUCAUGCAACCCUGUGCAACUACCAAAUAGGGUUUUAUUUAUUGUAAAUUAUGUCCUGUUAUUUUAUGUCACAAAUUGUUCUGAAAGCGGAGAAAAUAGCUCAGAAUAAAAUUCUUACACUUGGAAAAAAAUAUCAAUUUGUGGAAUUGUUUGUGUAGGUUGGUGAAUGCUGGCUUGGUUUUGGAAAAUUUUAGAGACGGUAAUAAAACAUUCUGUGAAAUCUUCCUCGCGAUCGGGCUGAACUAAUGUCUAUGUGGCUAGAAAGGAAACGCGAAAAAGAACAACACAACGAAGAUUUUGGGUUUGA